CCUGAUAGUAGCCAAGCGAUCUCGAAAAAAGUGGCUUGGAAGCGCCAUUGGCAGCGCAAGAGGUGGGCGAGGGAGGAGCUUACAGAAUGAAAAGGUUUGGGACAGCUAGACAAACUUUAAGGAAUUGGCUACCAGUAUGCUAUUCUCAACCCAUGUAUGUGUAUAUAAAUGUUCUCAACGCUGCAUUCUUUAUCUAUUGUUUAAGCAAUUCCAAUUAACAACAACUUACAAAAUGUCUGGACGUGGUAAAGGAGGCAAAGUUAAGGGAAAGUCAAAGACCCGUUCCAGCAGGGCUGGACUUCAAUUCCCCGUCGGUCGUAUUCACCGAAUGCUUCGUAAAGGCUCGUACGCUGAACGUGUAGGUGCCGGUGCUCCCGUGUACUUGGCUGCCGUUAUGGAGUACUUGGCUGCUGAAGUUCUUGAGUUGGCCGGUAACGCUGCCCGUGACAACAAGAAGACCCGUAUCAUUCCCCGUCACUUGCAGUUGGCUAUCCGUAACGACGAAGAGCUGAACAAGCUUCUGUCUGGUGUCACCAUCGCUCAGGGUGGUGUGUUGCCUAAUAUCCAGGCAGUGCUUUUGCCCAAGAAGACUGACAAACCCGCUAAAGCUUAAUUUCUCUUGUGUUUAUAUACAAACGGCCCUUUUCAGGGCCACCACUACAUUAUUGAAAAGCUAGUCUCCUGUGAACCGAUUUUAUCAGUCUAUUUCAUUUUAGACGAGAAAUUUAACGUUUCUUACUUGAUAUACGGCCAAACGGUAGUUUCUGUAGCGUCACAGAAGCCUUUGGGGAAUCAUGAAUUUUCCUUCUAUAUCUUAGGAACCUGACAACCGUCACCAAACUGUAUUCCGAAGUCAGCCUUGCUUCUAAUCCUCGCCUAGGCUUUUCCUUGCUUUGUAUUUCAUGAUUUGUCUUUAUGUUGCUCACGAUCAUAGUCAGGGCUCUACUUUUGCUUCGCCUACCGGUCGUGAUAUCUCAGUUGGACACGUCAGCAUCUGCAAAAUACCUUAACAACAGGUGAACAAAAACGUUCUUAGCCGUUUGUCACAUCCGAACAGUACUUGUAAAGACUUUCUAACCAACGUACCCUUUGUUUUUUUUUCCUAAAUACCACAAGUAUUUGAAAUGCAAACCUCUUUAUCAUACGUCCGUUAACGCACCCGUUCCAACAAUACAAGUGGAUCACUCGA